UUCAGUUCAUAACAGACAGCUGCGACAAAGAAAGGGAGAAACGACCUCCCUCUCUCUCUAUCUGCAAUUUAGGUCCGAAAGCGAACGAACACUUCGGUGCAGUGAAGAAAAAGGAAAAGAGGAAAAUAAUAGAAUGGGAAGCGCCGACGAGAGAUUGACAGCCUUGAGUAAGGCGUACGCCGAGAUGAUUAUGAAUACGGGGAGAGAGGCGGCGGCUAGGAUUAUGGUGUCGGAGCGGAAAGCUGUUCGGUUUCAGAAGGAGCUGAGUGACUCGAAAGAGCAGGCGCUUCAGGUGCUCCUUCGCCUCAGAGGAAUGAUGGAUUCCAAGGUUAGUGAAUCCCAAAUGUCAUAUUUAAGUCAGCAGAGAAAGAUUGAAGAGCUUGAAGGGCGACUUCGGGAAGCUGAAGAUAUAAUAAGCGAAGCAGAGGAGGUAUCCUCGAAUCGUCAGUUAAAGAUUGAGGAGCUUGAAGCACAGCUUGCAGAAGCUGAGGAUAUAGUCAAAGACCUCAGAGAAGAAUUGAGAGAAGUGCAGGAUGAACUUGAGGAUUUAAGAAACAAGAAGUUGCAGCAUAUUGGGGAACAUGAUACAGCUAUUCAGGAGCAAACCUUAGAUGAUAACAGAUCUCAUGCUUGUCAGUCUAUUAUAUUCCCUCCUCCAGCAUCAAAAAUUGAAUCUGUCACAAUUUCUGACCUGAAGAAUUCAACCCUCAACCAAAGGAACGAGGUGUAUAAUUGCUACAAUUCUAAUGUUUACCAUGCCGGGGCUUCAUAUAUUGGCAAACCUGAUCUUCCCUCCACAUCAGAGAACAGACUAACUACUUCUUGUUCUAUUAUAUCCCCUCCUCCAGAAUUGCAAUUUGGACCUUUCACAGCUUCUGAAGCUAAGGGUUCAGCUUCCAAUAAAAGAAAUGAGGUUGAUAAGUGCCGGGAUACAAAUGAUUUGCCUAUGGCAAAUUCUCAUGUUAGCAAACCAGAUCUUCUGUCUGCAAUACUGAAAAGCAAGGGUCCUGAGCUCCACAAAAAUCGACGCACUCUGAGAAUUCGUGCAUUUGAAGAGAAAUUGAUGGCUGGAGAAUUGCCCUUUUCUGAGAGAAUGGAUGAUGUUUAUGAAAUGAGUACCAGAGAAGCUAGAGCAGGUGAAAGGAUCUACAAGACGCCCUCUCACAAGGUUGGUAAAAUGCAUAGCAUAAAUAAAAAAUGCAUAGCAAAGGCAGAUAGCAGGUCAAAACAAGCUCAGAAAGCUAAGUCUUCUUGUCAGAAAAGGAAAAGAGCUACCAGAUAUGAGAAAACUGAUAACCCCCCAUCCAGGUUUCCCUUUAAUAUGGUAGAGAGAAGGGAUCAAACUUCUGAUAUUUCUCUUAUAAAAGGGAAUUCUGUUAAUAACAAUGCUGAUUCUGGUAGGGGCCCCAUUCACAUUACCCCACGAUUAUCAGCAGAUACAGCAGAUAACGACACUCAGUUUACAGAAGUUACUGGAUGUGAGGUAGAGUUCAUGAAAGCUGGUGUUGUCCAUAGCAUUCGAACCAAGAACCAAGCAUCAAUAGAUAAAUUGUUGCUAAUGAGACCAGAAAGCGUAUCUGCAGAGAGUUCAGAGGUUGCCACAUGGAGAGUGGGGAUGGGGAAAGUGGAUGUCCCAAUAGUAAACUCAGAGAUGGGAACAUCUAGCACACCAAAUAGGAUUUCUAACCAACCUGUAACUAACAGGGUUAUCAAGUACACAUUCCAAAGGAAACGGAAGAAAGGAUCUCAGAGCAGCUCCAAUGUGAAUGCAGCUCUUGAAAAGUCCAUUUUCGGAGAAACUGCAACAGAGAAACAAAAUGAUCCCCUUGAGAUUGAGAAGUCCAGCUCAAUAACUGAGUCAUCUCAAGGCAAUAGACAUAUCUAGCUCAGGUGAAAACAUCGGUGCCAAAGGGAAAGGAAUUGCUGAGGAGUGACAGCGAUUUGUAGGUGGUUCGUAGCAUGACUUUUUGAUUAUGAUGUAUUUUAUUUAAAUGAUGUCAUGUUAAACGAUGAUGCAAUCUUUUGAAUAAAGUGGUUUCGGGUAUGUAUCAUUUGAGGUUUUGAUCUAACUUCUACAUUUAUGAUGAUGUUACCUAUCUUAGUUUAUUGUUUUUAAGUUUGAUAUAUUGAGAAGGUACAACGGGAUUAUCGGGGAAUGAUUUAUGUUAUGUGAAAAAAAAAUAUAUCCCCGAAAUCCUAAAUCGUUUAACGCUCAGGAAAAGCGGGGUGUUACAAAGUCCUUUCCAUUGAAUAGUAUAAGAUAAAAAAAGAGGGGUCUCUGCUAAACUAGAGUUUGUCCAAGUUCUGGAAACAAGGGCAUAAAGUGACGAGUAGAGAUCAUAUGUUGGCUCUCAGUGAUAAGCUAAUUCAUGUCAUUGAAGUACAUUUCAAAUCUGAAAGCAAAACUGAUGUUGCAGCCUAACUCGAUGUAUGAGGUACGCCAUGGGAGCAUUAGUAACUCUUGCCAAAUAUAGAAUCUAUGCAGUGGCAUAAAAUGACAAGUAGAUUGCAUGAGAUGACAAAUAGAGGUCAUAUGAUACCUUUGAUUGAUCAGAUAAUUCAUGUACUUUAAUGAUCUCGGGAUUAUGACACUACACUGGGCUUCAAGCCUAGCUCAUUAUAUGAGGACAAAAAAAAAAGCAGCUAUGGUUACAUUUCCAGCUGCAUGUCAGGCCCUAGGAUCUGACAAGGUUAAUUCUCUACUAAUGGAGAGAAUUAGGGCAUAAAUGAGGGAGAAAUGAGAGAAGAAUUCGAAGGGGGAGAGAAAGAACAGAAGAAGGCGAGAGAGAAAGGAGAAUUGAGAGAGAAAUUGAGAGAAAGAGUUAGAGAUUCACUGAAUGAUACUUUGAUGAUCUUCUCAUUCAGCUGGAUUAGUUUUUUAUACUAAUCCAGGCAGUUAGUUGGCACCAAUUGGACUGCCAGUGCCAAAGUACAACUCAAGCAGCUUGCUUAAGUACAACUACUCCUUAACUGCCAUACAAAAAUAUUAAGGAACCCCUCAUACAGGCAGCUUGAGGAAACUAAGUAAGCAAAUCAGGCAAAUAUUCCCAUUUAUUAUUAUCCAGUUGGCGUUGAGUCCACUGUACCAACACUUGUGUUGAGGGAGCCCCAUGCUUGUAAAUGACCCUUUUGUCCAAAAUGAAGGCCGAUUCCACUAUAAGAGAAGCAUCAAAAACAAAGGAAGGCAAAGUAGGACUAACCGGUUGUGCUCCCAUUGAUUUCUUAAGCAGUGAGACAUGGAACACUGGAUGAAUUUAAGUGUCAGGAGGCAAUUGGAGCUUAUAAGCUACAGUUCCAAACUUCGCUACAAUAGGAAAUGGGCCAUAGAAUUUAGGACUUAGUUUGGAAAUUUGCCCGUGAGUAAGAGCCCGUUGAUAGGAGUGUUUCAACUUGAGAUAAACCAUAUCUCCCACCACAAACUCCCUUUCACUUUAUUUUCGGUCAGCAAACUACUUCAUCCUAUUUUGAGCAGUUGCUAGUUCCUUGCAUAGCACCUGUAAAACUUCUUGUCGCUACUGUAAAUAAGUGUCAACUGCAGCUACAGCUGUAGAUUCUAAAGUAGGAGGUAGAAGGAGAGGUUUAUCACCAUAUAAGGCCUCAAAUGGAAACAUCUUAUUAGAACUGUGGAAAUAAGAAUUAUACCACCACCGAGCCAGGGAAGCCACUUAUGCCAAACCUUUGGCUGUAAAAAAAACAGAGACAACGGAGAUAAGUAUCUAAGCACCGGUUUACCCAUUUGUUUGGCCAUCUGAUUCUGGAUGGUAGGCAGUUAACAUAUGCAGCCUUGUGUUGUGCCCAAAUAUCUAAAAAGUUCCUGCCACAGUAAGCUUGUGAAAACCUUGUCCCUGUCAGAAACUAUGGAUUGUGGAACUCCAUGUAACCAGACAACAUGAUCUAAAAAUGUCCGAGCCACUUCCUAUCUGUAAAAGGACGUGAGACUUAGAAAAUGGACAAAUUUAGUGAACUGAUCCACCACCACUAGAAUGCAGUUUUUGCCCUCCGAUUUAGGUAGUCACUCCACAAAAUCCAUAGAUAUACUCACCCAAGGGCUGCAAUAAACCAGGAGCUGCCACUGUUUCAUGCUUACAGUGUUGGCACACAUCACAAAAUCCAUCACAUAUUUCUUUAAAUUGGGCCAAUAAAUAUCUGCUUCACCUUAUGGUAAGUGCUCCAAAUACCUAAGUGACCUCCCAAAGGUGAUCCAUGCAAGGAUUGCAGAAUUUUGUUUUUGAGCUGGUCACGAUCUCCUAUCACCAACCUGCCAUGGGACUGAAUUAAUCCAUUAGUCAUUAUAUAUCCUAGUCUACUGGAGGGAUCAAUAAUCAAUUGCUUCAGCAAUUCCUUUGACCAGUCAGCCAAAUCAUUGCUAGCUGUCACCUCCUGCAACCAGUCAGGAAUGAUGGAAGUGAUGGCUGCAAUAGUCCCUUCUUCAAAACAUCAGGACAAAGCAUCAGCUGCUAGGUUUUCCUUUCCUUUUCUUUAUUAUCGUAUAGUCAAGGCCCAACAGCUUUGGCAUCCCCUUCUUUGUAGCUGAGUAUGCAGUUUCUGCUGCAACAAAUAUUUCAAGCUCUCGUGAUCAGUUCGAAUGAUAAACUGACUUCCUUCCAGAUAAUGUCUCCAUUUAUCCAUUGCUAUUAGCACAGCCAACAACUCCUUGUCAUAGAUGCUCAACCCCGAAUGUUUUGGAGCUAAAGCUUGGCUUAUAAAGGCUAAUGGACGCCCUUCCUGCAUAAGUACAGCUCCAACUCCUAAAUUACUCGCAUUAGUUUCCAACACAAAAGGCUUAUUGAAAUCUGGUAAAGCCAAAACAAGAGCUUCACUCAUGGCCGUCUCCAAUGAAAAUUAUCUUUCUUCAACAAUUCUGUCUAUGGCUUAUUAAUAACUCCAUAGUUUUUAACAAACCUCCUUAGUAUCCAGUUAGCCCCAAAAAUCCCCUCACAGCCUUUACAGUAGUAGGUCUUAGCCAAGCAAGCAUUGCAGCCACCUUCUUAGGGUCAGUACUUACCCCAAUAUCAGAAAUGAUAUGCCCCAAACGUUCCGCCUGUGAGCAAAGGCACACUUUGAUUUCUUCACAUACAGUUGAUUUCUUCUCAUACUCAUUCAAAAGCAUGUGUAAAGAAUCAAGUUCAUGUACCUCCCAAUUCAAUUGAGACUGGCUGCUAACAGUCACCCUUAACUCUCUAGAAUGCUCCUGUAUUCCUUCCAUUUCAUCAAUGGCCUGUAAUGAAAUUAGCUGUGCCACUUGAACCAGCUUAUUCUUCAACAACUUCUGCAACUUCUUCCCUGUAAUCAUCUUGCAUAAGCCUGUAUCUAGGCUACCUGCAAGAGUUAAUUUCUUACCAUCCUUUUCAAAAGUGAGCUCCAGCUUAUUGAAAUCAAAACUGAUUGGACUGAUGGUUUUCAUCCAAGCCACCCCCAACACUAUAUCACAUCCAGCAAGUUUCAAUCAUCUCAAAUCUGUUACAAAUUGUUCCCCUUGCAUGUCCCACCGAAAAUCAACACAGGCAAAUUUACUGAUCACCUUAUCUCCAUUAGCCACAGUUACUAACAGUGGCUGAGUGUUGGUAAGUCGACAACCUAGUUUCUUGGCUGUGUUUUCGUCCAAGAAAUUAUGAAUACUUCCACUAUUAAUCAGCACCAUUAUCCUGUUAUUUCAGCUUUCCCUUCAACUUUAAUAAUCUUACUAUUAGCUAAGCCUGCUAAUGCUGGAAAGAUAUAUCACCAUCACCUGUUUCUUCAAUUUCAUUUUCUGCCGCUGGAGUUUCCUCUGUCUCCUAUGUUUCCUCAUCUCCUUCCAGCAUUAGCAGUUGUCUUUUACAUUGAUGACCUGGCACAUAUUUAUCACCACAUCUGAAACAUAGGCCAACUUGUCUCCUUUGCUCCACAUUUCCCAAUCUUCCUCCUGCAGGCUGAUUCAACAUAGCAACUGGUUGAACUGCAGAAUUUCUGUAAUUUUGAUUGUUCUUCACCAUCUCUCUACUAGAUCCACAAUUCAUUGCCACUGCUUGAAUUCCUUAUUGAUUGGAAUUCAAGUUUGUUCCUCUUAAAGAAAUUCACUGCUUUCUCAUUUUUGCUUCUACGGUUAACUCCUACAAUUCUUUGUUCAAGCCACUAAUGAAACUUGAGAUGAAGUACGCCUCAGUUAGAUUUGGAUUGAGAUUCAACAUCAAAGACAUCAAUUCCUCAAAACUUCAUUUGAUACUGCUGGAUGGAACUUUCUUGCCUCAAUUUAUUAAACUCCUCCACUACAUCUGUCAUAUUUCUGUCUCCAAACCUUGCACAAAAAUCUUCUACAAAAUCUGUCCAAUGGUAAUUGUUUUGUAACCGGGUCCCACUUUGAAACCAAGAGUCCUCCACAUCAUUCAGGUAUGCAGAGGCUAAAUUAGUCCUCUGCUGAUUCAGUAUGUGAUACAAGGUAAAGAGCUUCUCACAAUGCCUAAUCCACCACCUUGGAAUUUGGCCUUCAAACAUAGGAUUGUCCACUUUCAGCAUUGGAAAAUAAGGCUGAUUAGGUGUAGCAUGUAUUUCUCGCCAUCUUCCUAUAGCUCUUUCCUCUACAUUCUCUCCAAUUACAGCAGGUUCUAUUUCAAAAUCCAAGGAACCAGUUGUCGUAGGAGCUGGUCCAAAUCCUUGAAGGAUCGGAUCAGUCCGUUCUCUAGGAUGAAAAUCAUUAGAUAUACUCACCUGAGGCAUUUUAGAGAACAUCAGCAUGAAUUCGUCUAAUCUCCUAUUAAUUCCGUCCACAGAGGCCUCCAACGCCAAGGUCGCUUCAUGAUUCCAGCUGGAUCCUGCUUCCAGAGAAUCCAGUCAAAUUUGCAGAUCUGAGACUGUUGCAUUCAUCUAUUGCAACUGAGACUCGAACUGUUUCAUGCGAGUUCCAUCCGCCAGGACUAAUUUUUGGAAGAAGCUAAAUUGGUGGCCAAGGAACAACUUGGAUACCAACAUGUCAGGUCCUAGGAUCUGACAAGGCUAAUUCUCUACUAGUAAGAGAAUUAAGGCAGAAAUGAGGGGAAAAUGAGAGAGAGAGAGAGAGAGAGAAGUCAGAGAUUCACUGAAUGAUACUUCGAUGAUCUUCUCAUUCAGCUGGAUUAGGUUUUUAUACUAAUCAAGGCAGUUAGUUGGUGCCAAUUGGAUAGCCAAUGCCAAAGUACAACUGCUCCUUAACUGCCAUACAAAAAUAUUAAGGAACCCCUUAUACAACAUUAGGGUCCUGACAGUAUAGAGAAAUGGUAAGUCUAGGAUGCAGGAGAAACAGGGAUGGAAAUGUAUUGAUUACUCCUACUUUUAUACUCAUUGAGCCUUUGAACUUUUUGGAACAUGUAACAAAUUCAAAAUUUGUGCUGUUUAAAGUGAGGGCUCCCUGUGACUGUUUUCCUAGAUAUAAAUGAAGAGACCAAACAAUUUAUUGACAUCUUAAUUUAUAUACAACUAAUGCCUUUUUCCUCAUGAAAUCCAAUAUGUCUCUAAAGUUUACAUGGGUCCAUGCAGUUUGCACUUUAAGGUCAUGUGACCAUACAUUUGCCGCUUAUAAACUACUCUUUAAAGGUACAAGCACAGUGGCACAUGAAAGAUUGCUGGUGGUGGCUGCCAAAUAACUACAGUGCUUUAAAAGAAAUGUUUGUUGAUGGUGGUAAAAGCUAAAAACUUGAGAUUUUAGUUACACAAACCUUAAAAAAGAAAUCAGUGUCUUUCUAUAUUUCUCUCGUCUUGCCCUUUUCUCUUCCUGCUUGUGCUCUCUCUCUCUCU